CUGGUUCUACCAAUUUUGGAGCCAGGAAAAAAACAUUAAUCAGACACGCAACCUUUCUUAAUCUCCAAAACACCCCUCUUCGUGUCUUCCCAAAUGCACGAAAUCCGUUGGAUCCGAUCGCUAAUUUCCUUCUCAAUGAGGUCAUUUUGGUAUUUGCAUCACCCCCGUUUACCUAUGUAAUGCUUAUGGUUAUCCAUGGCGGAGAUUUCUGCUUCUGCUUUUCUUUUCCCUUCCUUUCUUUUUCUUGAUUUCUUUGUCGUCCAAAUGAUUCUUUAAAGAAAAUUGGUGACACCCAAUUUCCGACCCACCUCUCCAAUCUUCAAAUUCCCAAUUUUUUUCGUUACCGACAGGAGAUUGAAUCAGAAAACAUUGGAGAAUUAAGUUUUUUUUGAUUGGUGUUUAUAACCUAAGAUUGAAAAGAACUGAAGCUGAGAAAUACAUUUUCACAUGAACUGGGGGGUAAAUUAUGCCAGGUUUGGUUGAAAGGGAACAAACGAAGGGAAGUGAAGUUUGAGUGAAUUGGAGAGGGCAUUAAGCGCUUGUCCAAAUGAACGUCGUCGGGAGAGUUGGAAGUUUUAUUUCUCAAGGAGUUUACUCGGUUGCCACACCGUUUCAUCCGUUCGGUGGGGCAGUUGAUAUAAUCGUUGUUCAGCAGCAGGAUGGGACUUUUCGCAGCACGCCUUGGUAUGUUCGGUUUGGUAAAUUUCAGGGCGUUCUAAAGGGUACUGAGAAGAUAGUUCGAAUAUCUGUCAAUGGCGUCGAAUCCAAUUUCCAUAUGUAUCUUGAUAACUCUGGUGAGGCGUAUUUCGUAAAGGAAGUAGAAACUAGUCAAGGAAGUCAAGCUGAUGGAGUUGGAGAUGAUUUGGUUAAGGAUGAGCAUAGUACGAAUUUCGUAAAAGGUCGACUUGAGCAUAGUGUCUCGGACACUACUGUUGUUCAGCUACGAAAUGAAAACAGUUCUAUGAUGGUUGCACGUGUGGAGAGGUCGGAAUCUGAUGUUGAGCAUAGAUUCUAUGAUUUUCAGGAUGAGCAGUCGUCUGUGGAGGAUUUGGUAGAGUUUUCGGAGAGUGAUUCUAAUCGAUUUGACAAUCUCGAGCACGAGACUGAGCCACAAGGUACGGAUUCGGAGGUUAUUCUAGUGAGUGUGGAUGGUCAUAUACUGACUGCUCCGAUAUCGGCAACUGAACAAAAUACAGAAGACGUGCAAUUAAGUACACCUCAGUUUCAUUUGGGGCCUGGUGAAGGGACAGAGUUUUGUGAAGACAAUGAAUUUACUAGUGAAAAUGAUUGGGCAGCUGAUUAUAUCAAUCAGCUGAAGACAUCUACCGAUAACUCCGUAGCCGAUGAAGUCGGUCGUUUAAGCAAUGAGUCUAAUGGUAGUGUGCACGAGCUAGUGGCGCCUGAAGCGGAGGUCAAACUUGUUUCUCAAGCUGAAGAAGCAUCGGGAUGUCAAGUUCAGGAAGAUGAACUUCUUGUGAUGAGUGAUUCAGAAGAUAUGCACAUUAGAAUUGAGGGGGAGAUUUAUAAGAGCUGUUUGGAGCUAUCAGAAUUGGCCAAACGGGUCGGAAACACAGAUUCUGAAAACGUUAUCUCUCCAUCGGAGUCUCAACGUUCAAAAGAUAAGCUCAACAAGAUCGUUCCAUCAGUAUCUGAAACCAAGGAAAUUGUUAUCGAUUCCGUAGAUAAAAACGGGAGACAUUCAAGUUAUUCAGAUAGCUCUAUUGUCAAUACUCCGAAUCUAAACGUUAAAGCUGGGGGAACUGAGGAAGACACGUUUGGUGAAGAACAAGCCACUUCAGACGAAAAACGUGUUGUUCCUGUUAAUCGUAAUAACCCUUUGCAUAAUACACAGUCUGGCGUGAGUGAGCGAGUUGAAAGGAUGGAUAGCGGUUCACAAGGGCCUGUUGUCGAUGACGAGCGCCGUGAGCUACACUUGGGGGAAUCUCCGGUGGAUGCCUUAUGUGGAAGAACUCAACCUCAUUCAACAAGGUUCGAGAUCUCUCUUUGCGGUAAUGAACUCCGUGCUGGUAUGGGGUUGCACGCGGCAGCAGAAGCGUUCGAUGCACAUCGUGUGUCUGCUGAGGAAUUUGAAAAGUCUAUGUCAUCGAUUAUUAAAAACGAUAACCUUAUCAUCAGAUUUGGAGAUAGGUACAUGUCGUGGGUGAAGGCCGCUCCUAUAGUAUUGGGGAUGGCUGCAUUCGGAAUUGAUUUAGAAGUGGAUCCCAAAGAUACAAUUCCGGUGGAGGUUGAAUCCGCUCCCUCGGCCACUCCCGCCAGCCGAAGAUGGAGGCUCUGGCCUAUUCCGUUUAGAAGGGUUAAAAUGCUUGAACACAGUGACAGUAACUCAUCAAAUGAGGAGAUUUUUGUUGAUUCUGAAUCUACUUUACAGAACUUACAAGCAGAACAAAGUCCAAGGUUUCCGAAUGGCGUCAGCGAGCCUUCUAAGAGGCAGCUUGUAAGGACGAACGUUCCAACAACCGAGCAGAUAGCGUCUUUGAAUCUGAAAGAAGGCCAAAACAUGAUAGCUUUCACCUUUUCAACGAGGGUUCUUGGGAUACAAAAGGUCGAUGCUCACAUUUAUCUAUGGAAGUGGAAUGCGAAGAUUGUGAUCUCUGAUGUUGAUGGAACAAUUACCAAGUCUGAUGUAUUAGGUCAAUUCAUGCCUUUAGUUGGGAAGGAUUGGACGCAAUCCGGCGUGGCUAGACUUUUUACUGCUAUAAAGGAGAAUGGUUAUCAGCUGCUAUUUCUUAGUGCACGUGCCAUUGUUCAAGCGUAUCUUACCCGAAGCUUCUUACUCAACCUAAAACAGGAUGGAAAAGCUUUACCGAACGGACCGAUUGUUAUCUCACCGGAUGGACUAUUUCCUUCGUUAUUUCGAGAAGUGAUAAGACGAGCACCCCAUGAAUUUAAGAUCGCGUGUUUAGAGGAUAUUAAGAAGCUUUUCCCUCCUGAUUACAAUCCAUUUUAUGCCGGGUUCGGCAAUAGAGAUACCGAUGAGCUCAGCUAUCGAAAAGUCGGGAUUCCAAAAGGAAAGAUAUUUAUAAUCAAUCCCAAGGGGGAAGUGGCCAUUAGUCAUCGCAUUGAUGUGAAGUCUUACACGUCUUUGCACACACUUGUUAACGAUAUGUUUCCACCAACCUCGCUGGUCGAGCAGGAAGACUAUAAUGCAUGGAAUUUUUGGAAAAUACCGUAUCCCGACAUUGAUUCGUAGUCGUUGCACGGAGAAGACCGUUUUCUUGCACGAGAUAGAAGUACUUGAAGUUCUUCACAUUCUCCCUGUUUUCUUCAACAAGUAGUUUUGACAGAGAGCCACAGGAGCAGUGUUUGGAGCUGUAGCCAUUUGGGUGGAUCCAGCAAGUUCCUACGGAGUAAAAGUAAAAUUGUUAGUUGAAUUUGUCUCUUAAUCUUGUCUUUUUCUGCUUCUUUUUUUGGUUAUUUUACCUUGAGAUGCACGUAAUUCAUUAAUUUACAGAAUAAUCAACGAACUUUUGUUCUUGCUCA